CAUCAAUGCGGAAGUGUGUAGGAAAGAUAUUCAGUUUUGUUUACAUGUGACAUGCAUUUGGAGGUCUUUGGAGUUGAUGCUGGAGCUCAGUGAAGAUCCAGCAGCAUGUUCCCCCGCAGCGCCUUACCGAGGGACCUGUCAGCCUUCCGUCACGGCCCGUACCCUCCCCCGGGCCCCCAAACCUACAAUUACAACCAAGGGAGCCGGGCUGCUGUCAACAACUUCCAUGGUCCUGGACCACAGAGGUUUCCACCAUAUGAAUGGAAAGAGAGGCCACUUCUUCCAGCCCCUCGUCCAGUCCAUCAUCCCUACGCACCAAACAUGACCAACAGUCGCAAGAGGCAGAAUAGCGAAUACAGCCCCAAUGUUGUAAAGCGCCAACGCAUUGAGUCCCAUCCCCACCCAUCCUUAGCCUCUCCUCUACUUCAAACCCCUCCCCCCCGUCGUCCUGACCGGGCGGUGGCAGGGUCAUCGAGACCUCCCUUCGUUGGUCAUAAUCAUUCCUUUCCGAGUCCACCUGCCCUCAUCCAUCCUCAGGGGAUAGAUGUCCCUGAGAACUUCAACAGCCUGCAGGCCUAUGCCAGGGACAAGUUGAGCUGUCAGAUGGUGGAGAUGUUCGAGGCGUGCCAGCAGCAAGCUUCGGAUUUGGACCGGAAGGAGUUGUGCCGAACUCGGCUGCAGGACGACAUACAGGGUCAAUAUCCAGUGGCACGGCUUUACCUGACUGGAUCCUCUAUGAAUGGAUUGGGCUGCAGGAGCAGUGAUGCUGAUAUGUGUCUGAUCAUCAAAGGAAAUAAAAAACACGAUCCUAUUAGCGUACUCAGUGUCGUCCAAAGGUUGUUCAAGUCACUACCAUAUGUAGAGAGGACUCAGCUGAUCAGAGCCAAAGUGCCGAUCCUCAGGUUCAGAGAGAGAGGCAGUGAUCUGGAGUUUGAUCUGAAUUUCAACAACACAGUGGGCAUCAGAAACACAUUCCUUCUGAGGAGUUAUGCCUUUGCUGAUCUCAGGAUAAGACCCCUGAUCCUCGUUGUCAAGAAAUGGGCCCAACACAAUCAUAUCAAUGAUGCCAGCAAAGGAACGUUGAGCAGCUACACACUCGUGCUGUUGGUGCUGCACUACCUCCAGACUCUCAAGGAACCUGUCCUUCCCUCUCUACAGAUGGACUACCCCGACUCUUUUCUCCCCCUCAUGGACAUUGACAUGGUCCCAGAGGGGCCCAAACGCGUCCCUCCCUACAAAUCGAGCAACCAGUCCUCUCUGGGAGAGCUUCUUCUGGGCUUUCUGGGAUACUAUGCCACGGUCUUCAGUUGGGAUAGGAAGGUGAUCUCUGUUCGAGAGGCCAAAGCUUUUCCCAAGAACAACUCUCCGACAUGGAGAAACAAAUUCAUUUGUGUGGAAGAUACGUUGUACAAAAAGCUCUAA